AUGGAGGAUCCAGCGCCUACCUCGCCCAAACGGCACUCGGAUGAAAGAUCCCCAAACAGAGUACCUACGUCGCCGCGUCGCAGCGAUCAUCACAACCGAUCACACGACAAACCAUUGGCUUCUCGAGGCCGCCCAGCCACAACCGUGAGGACCGAAGAGGAAAAGCAGGCAGCUGCGAAGGCAGAAUAUGAAAAGCUAUUGAAUGUGAGGUCCGGAGGCACAUACAUCCCUCCUGCGCGUUUAAGGGCCCUGCAGUCGCAAAUUACCGACAAGUCGAGCAAGGAAUACCAGCGCAUGGCCUGGGAGGCCCUCAAAAAAUCUAUUAAUGGUCUCAUCAACAAGGUCAACGUCUCGAAUAUCAAGUUCAUUGUGCCUGAACUCUUCGGCGAGAACCUUGUGAGAGGGCGUGGAUUGUUCUGCCGAAGCAUUAUGAAGGCGCAGGCUGCCAGUUUGCCAUUUACUCCUAUAUAUGCAGCUAUGGCAGCUAUCGUGAACACGAAGCUGCCGCAAGUAGGCGAGCUGCUCCUUACAAGACUUAUUAUACAAUUCAGGAAAGCUUUCAAACGAAACGACAAGGCUGUCUGCCUCUCUUCUUCCACCUUCAUCGCACAUCUCUGCAACCAACAGGUGGCGCACGAAAUGAUCGCCGCCCAGAUACUACUCUUAUUACUACACAAACCUACGGAUGACAGCGUUGAAAUCGCCGUUGGCCUAACUCGCGAGGUAGGCCAGCAUUUGGAAGAGAUGAGCGGUCCCAUUGCAUUGGCUGUUUUCGACCAGUUCCGAAGCAUUCUCCACGAGGCAGAUAUCGACAAGCGAGUCCAAUAUAUGAUCGAGGUGUUGUUUCAAGUCCGGAAAGACAAAUACAAGGAUAAUCAGGCUAUCAAGGAGGAACUGGAUUUAGUGGAGGAGGAAGAUCAAAUUACACACCGUACGAGCUUGGAUGAUGAGCUCGACGUCCAGGAUGGCUUGAACAUUUUCAAGUUUGAUCCAGAGUGGGAAGAGCAUGAGGAGGCGUACCAGCGUCUUAAGGCGGAAAUUCUUGGGGAAGGCAGUGACGAGGAGGACGAAGACGAGGACGAGAGUGACGAAAGCGAAGAUGAUGAAGAAAAACAAGAAGAGAAGGCCUUGGAAAUCAAGGAUGCUAGCAAUGCUGAUCUUGUGAAUUUGAGGAGGACGAUAUACCUGACGAUCAUGUCCAGUAUCGACCCGGAGGAGUGCUGUCACAAACUGAUGAAGGUCUCAUUACCUCCUGGGCAGGAACCAGAGCUUCCCUCUAUGAUCGUUGAGUGUUGUUCGCAAGAACGCACAUAUCAAAAGUUCUACGGUCUGAUUGGCGAGCGAUUUGCUAAAAUCAAUCGCCUCUGGACCGAUCUCUUCGAGCAGUCGUUUACCAAGUAUUACGAUACGAUCCAUCGCUAUGAGACCAACCGACUGAGGAACAUUGCCCGUUUCUUCGGCCACCUUCUCAGUUCAGACGCGCUUGGCUGGCAUGUCCUUACCGUUAUCCACUUGAACGAGGAAGAGACUACGUCAAGUAGCCGUAUCUUCAUCAAGAUCCUGUUCCAAGACCUCGCGGAGGCCAUGGGCAUGAAGAAACUCCAGGCACGUCUGAAGGACGACGCAUACCAAGCCAACUUCACAGGCUUAUUCCCCCGCGACAACCCGCGCAACACGAGGUUCUCCAUCAACUACUUCACCAGCAUCGGCAUGGGAGCAGUUACGGAGGACAUGCGCGAGUACCUACAGAACAUGCCCAAGCCAGCGCUGCCUGCCCUCCCCGCCGCAGCGGCGGAAUCAGACGGCAGCUCCGUAUCGAGCUACUCAUCUUAUACGGGCUCCUCGUAUUCACGCUCUCGAUCACGGUCCCGGUCGGGCUCUCGGUCUCGGCCACUCGUUCGCGCGCGCUCGCGCUCACGCUCACGUUCCCGAUCCUACUCCAGCUCUCGCUCCAGAUCCCGUUCCCGCUCGCGUGGCCGGUCAUACUCACGCCCACACUCGCGUUCCCGGUCGCGCCGCCGCUCCUACUCUCGCUCGCGCUCCCGAUCGGUCUCUCGCUCCCCAGUCCGAGGAGCAGGAGCAGCCCGCCCAGUUUCGCGCGGUCGUUCGCGCUCUGCUAGUCCCCGCAGGCGUUCUGGAGCUGCAAAGAGGGGAAGGAGCAUUAGCCGCUCGCGCUCAGACUCGCGGUCGUUGUCUCCCUCAGCAGAGCGUUCGCUGAGCCUAGCGCGUAGACGAGGACCGAGGUCCGCGUCGCCUCCGCCAAAGAGACGGCGCGAAUACAGGGAUUCGAGGUCGCCGUCACCACCGCCGUCGAAGAGGGGUCGGAGGUAUAGCUAG